AUGAUAUUAAAGAGAACCAGGUUGAUGGAGGACAACACACACUGUCACUUCAGCAUUUCACUGAUAGUAGAGAGAAAAAAAGACAAUCAUUUUUCAAGCCAUCUUCCAACAAUAAGAAAAAGACUGCCACCAAUAACACAGCUAAACACCACAGUAGCAGUAGAAGAGAAAUAUAUAUCAUUAAACGUAGGAAGAGCAAGAAGAGACUUUUUCGGUGAGUUGAAAGUAAUUCGUGAAAAAAGACUUCCUGUCAGGGUGAAGGAAACAGCUUCAGCACUGGAGUUGAAAUUCUUAGCAAUCGACAAACAUAGUAACCACGACCAAGAAUUUUGUGCUUUAGAAAGCUAUGUUAUGUUGUAUCCCGACUUGAAGGAAGUGACAACUCUACCUGGAAAUAUGGAUGACUUUCGAUUAAAUAAGUACAGGGAUUGUUUGGGAAAGCCAUAUUCUCAAAUGGUGUUGUAUUUGUGCACCAGCAAUGACUUUUUUUUUGACGUGCCAACUGAUAAUGCUAUCAGCACAACCGAAGUAGAAGAAAUUGCCAAUGAUACAUAUAUCCCAGCAGCCCCUGAUCUGUUUGGUGAUACUUUAUUGAACGGUCCAACUUCUGACUACUACAGCAACAACAGUAAUGAAAUGCAAGAAAUUUCAGCAAAAAAUGUACACUUUACUUUCUGCUUUCAAAACAUCAGACAGCUUCAGAUUGACUAUACGUCGCAGAAAAAUUUGGCUGGAUACAGCACAAAAACUGAAAAGGGCGUUCAAGGAUGGUACACCACGACCAUUACAAUCAAGUUUAUAGGAGAAGAGGCUGCUGAUGCUGGAGGACCUUUGAAAGAAUUCUUUAGUGUGCUCUUCGAUGAUGCGAGAAAUUAUUUGUGUUCUGGUAAUUCCUACCAAUUUACAUUCACCCAUGACCUGGAACGUGUAUCAAAUGGUAAUUUUUUUCUUUUUGGAAAUUUGAUUGGAAUGGCACUGAUUUCUGGUUGUGCUGGUCCGCGUUAUUUAAUGCCCGCUGUUGUAUCUAAAAUGUUUAAUAAAGGAGAAUUUCCCCUUUCUAUUGAUGAUGUGCCUGAUCUGGACGUACAAACAAAGUUGAAAGAGUUAGAUGCUACUACCAAUGAUUCAGAGUUUCAAUCUUGUCUUGAAUCUUUUCCUGAGCGUUAUAAUGCAGGAGUCACAAAUGUUUCAAUUGCUUUUGAAGAUAAAUCGAUUGUUAUACAAAAUAUAUGCAAACAUUAUUGCUUAUCUGUUUGUCUUAAAGAAGUACAACAAGUUGUACAAGGUAUGGACAUACUUGGUUUAUAUUCAAUAUUGCAGCAAAACUAUGAAGAAAUCAAAACAGAAUUUGUACCUUGCAUGGAUGCAAAAGCUCAGGAUUUGUUAGCUGUGUUUAAAAACGUUAUCUACACUGUGAACAACGAUAACAAUGUAACAAUUGAUCAAAGUAAAGAAGAAGACAUUUACUAUAAUUUUACAAACUUUAUAGAAGCAUUAGAAAAUGAUAAUUACAAACUUCCUGGAACUAUAUCUCUUGAUGAUGAUGGCAAGGAGGAACAUUCAGAUACUAAUAUUUCCCUACGUGAUGUGAUUCAAUUUUGUACAGGUUCCAAAUAUGUUCUACCAUGUAUGAAGGAAAACGAAACUAUUGAAUUUAUCCAUCCAAAUAAAAAAGAUCAAGGGAAGCGAAUUAUUGUGUACACAUGUAAUUACAAACUUGUUUUCCCUGUUACAAAGCGAUAUUAUGGAUCAACAGAAGCAUUUAAUCGGCACUUUUGCGAAGACGUUGCUACAAGUCCUGGUUUUGGCAUUGCCGCUUGUGUAUAUUACAGUAGCUAAAACAAAAGAUUUUUUGUUUGCAUUUUUUUAAAUGUUUUUAUAGCUAAUAAUCGUUGCAUGAAAACAUCAGCUUUCAGUCCAUUAUCUUUGUUUUAGUAGACACAAUAGCACUGACAUCUGAAAAUUUCUGAAAGUAUUAUGCUCUCAACAAGUGUUGAAAAUUGUCAGAACCAUGAAAUUAACAUCAUCUCUUCGAUGUAAAAAUGGACUUUGAAGGCUCUCAUGCAACGAAGUACUGUACUUUGAUAUGAUAUAGAGUAUGUUUAUAUAACAUCUUUUUAUUAGGGUAUUGUUUAGUAUUUUGUUCGCAUAUUAGCUGUUUUUAAAAACAAAACGUGAUAAUCGUGAUAUACAGUAUAUUUCGUAAGUUCUUUCCGUUGAAGUUUUACCUUUUUUUUUCAAGAAUAGCUAUCAUUCGCUAAACAAAUAUGUCUGAAACAUGGUAAAAAUAUAUAGUUUGUCUAGUUUGUUUCAUUCCGUUUUUUAUUGCUCCUGUGACAUGAACUAACACUUUUCGAUGAUGAUUUUGUACACACUGCGAGCUUCUUCCCAAUUUUUCGGAGGGUAACGAAGUUGUUUUGUUUGUAUAACAUGUUCAAAGUGUUCUUUGAGUAGUUGAUCAUGAUCUUCGAAUAUUUCUGUUGCUUUUGAAAAUACAUUUUUUUCUUGAA